AUGGGUCUCUGGGAUGCGUCCUUGGCCUUUCCCCAAUCGGGAAGUCCUCUAUACACCGACUUAUUGUCCUUCACCUUCUGCAACGCCAACUACGACCCUAAUCGGCCAAUUUUCAUCGACGCCGAAGACCCUUCGCGCUCCCUUACUGUCGGACAGUUUCGAUUGCUUGUUCGCACUUUGAUCGCCGGGUUAAAAGCACAUCAUGUGCAGAGGGGAGAUUGUGUCUUGGUCCACCUGGGGAAUAACAUCAUAUACCCCGCACUGUUCUUCAGCAUCAUCGGCGCCGGGGGCGUGUACAUGGGCUCGAACCCUCGAAGUCAACCAAGCGAAUUAGAACACAUUCUCUCUCUGGCCGAACCCAAGCUGAUCAUCACUUCGCGCGAUGUGCUGCCCACCGUUCUCAAUGUCUCCGCUGGCCGGGGCAUGCUCCCUAGUCAGGUUUGCCUGCUAGACGAGUCAGGGCCGGAUCACCUGCUGCAACUCCUGCUGGCUGGGCCGUUGGGGUAUCCUGUUAUGAACGAGACUCUGCUGCCGGACGGUGGAGACGGUUGCUAUCUAAACUUUGCUCACUUAUUGAGGUAUGGCGAAAACAACUGGGUUUCGUUCAACGAUGAGGCGAUCGCCAAAGCGACCCCCGCGGCCAUGUUCUCGACCAGCGGUACCGGGGGCCUUCCCAAGGCUGCGAUUUUAUCCCACCAUGCGAUCGUCUCGCACCACUUGGGCAUCAACUACACCGUCCCCUACCAUGUCAGCCGUUUGAUGUCACUACCCAUGUUCCAUCUCUUUGGUGCCCUGUGGGCGCAUAUCUUCCCUGUCCGCUAUGGCCAACCGUUGUACAUCCUGCCGCGCUUUGAGAUUACCCAAUUCGUGGCCGCCGUGCACCAGUUCCAAAUCUCCGAAACCUACAUGGUGCCCGCCAUGAUCCAUGCCUUCAAUCGGUGUGCCUUGCCAGUCGCCGAAUAUCUGCUCUCGCUGCGAUACGUGGGUGUCGCGGGCGCCCCCAUCGACGGGCCGUCAAUGCACAGGUUCCGCGGUCUGCUGCACGCCCACGCUUGCGCAUUUCAGAUUUGGGGAAUGACAGAAGUAGGGGUGGUUUUCCAGAACCGAUACGGUGAAUGGGGACACCCCGGAAGCAUCGGAAGACUUUUGGCUGGAUACGAGGUGCGUCUGGUCGGUCAUGACGGCAAUAUUGUCUAUGGCGACGACAGGCCCGGCGAAUUGUAUGUGCGUGGAGCUGGAUUGCUUCUUGGCUACAAAGGACGCAAUGACGCGAAGGAUGCGCAUGGAUGGUUUCGGACUGGUGAUGUGGCCUAUGUCCGAGACGGGCAAUACUAUAUCAUCGGACGCACCAAGGAACUCAUCAAAGUGCGAGGAUGGCAAGUGGCCCCAGCCGAACUCGAAGCUGUUCUACUCAAACACCCUGCCAUCGUGGACGUGGCCGUGACAGGCGUCACCCUCAAGGAUGGCAGCACCGAAGUGCCUCGAGCGUUCGUCGUCCGGACCAAAGGACUCCCCGCGAACCAGCCCAACGCCGAGGAGGUAUACAUGUUCGCCCGUCAGCAACUAGCGAGCUACAAGGCCCUGGACGGCGGGGUAAUUUUCGUGGAAGAAAUCCCACGAACAGCCAGUGGAAAGAUCCAGCGGUUCAAGCUAUCCAAGAUGAACGCUUACCGAGAGAUGGUGGCCUCGCUGCUCUCUCGGCUCGAGGGAACAGACCCCAGGGCUGGGAGUGGCAAUGACCUGCCUCUGAUUGGGAUCAUGCAGGAGGGGCGUGUAACAGUCUAG